GCGACAUCAGCCUUGGUCACACAGGGACACAGUAUUCAGAAACACUACAGAUAUCUAAAAGUACUUUACAAAAGUUCAUUGGGCGUCAACAAACCAUGACGUCAACCCUUGUUAUCUGGGUGACGAUGGUGAUACUCUUGGCAGAACAAGGCUAUGGGGAUUUGAUUCGAGACCUGAGCGGUUACCGCUACAGGGCGGUACGAACCAACCGUAAUUUCGACCAAGCCCAGGCGACUUGUGUGUCAUAUGGCGGACAUCUUGCACAUGUGAAAAGUUCCAGACAGCAGAGCCUGGUAGUAGUUAUGGCAUUAGAUGAGGCGCGUGCGGAUUACUGGAUUGGCUGCUCAGACAGAGAGGUCGAAGGUACUUGGCGAUGGACCGAUAGAACACGCCUCGACUAUGAUAGCUGGUAUCCUGGAGAGCCAAACAAUGGUGGGAACCAAGACUGUGGAGCGCUUCGUAAGGAUUGGGGCUAUGUGUAUUGGGACGAUCAGCAGUGUGAUCGUGUGAAAUUCUUCAUCUGCCAGACAGACAUCAACGAAUGCUCCAGUAAUAAUGGAGGUUGUGACCACAACUGUUAUAACACCGAUGGGAGCUACCGAUGUACCUGCCGGGCUGGAUAUCAGCAAUCUGGGUUAACAGAUUGCGUCGAUAUCAACGAGUGUUCCAGCUCGCCUUGCCGUAACGGCGGAACCUGCCGAAACCUCAUCAACUCGUACCGCUGCGACUGUCGACCUGGAUGGACCGGCGUCAACUGUCAGACAGAUAUCAACGAGUGUUCCAGCUCACCUUGCCGUAACGGCGGAACCUGCCGAAACCUCAUCAACUCGUACCGCUGCGACUGUCGACCUGGAUGGACCGGCGUCAACUGUCAGACAGAUGUCGACGAAUGUUCCAGCUCGCCUUGCCGUAACGGUGGAACCUGCCAAAAUCUCUUCAACGCCUACCGCUGUGACUGUAAGCCUGGAUGGAGCGGCGUCAACUGUCAGUCAGAUAUAAACGAGUGUGACGAAGCCUUACAUGACUGUGAACAGACGUGUCUCAACACUGCUGGUGGAUUCACCUGUGGCUGUGACAGCGGAUUUCUUCUCAACCCCGAUGGAAAGACCUGCUCAGAUAUAAACGAGUGUGACGAAGCACAACAUGGCUGUGAACAGACGUGUGUGAACAUUGUUGGCAGCUUCAACUGUGGCUGUGGCAGUGGCUUUGUACUUAACGCCGAUGGAAAUACCUGCUCUGAUGUAAACGAAUGUGAUCAAGACCUUCAUGGCUGUCAACAAAUUUGUAUGAACACCUACGGUGGGUUCGCAUGUGGAUGUAACGACGGUUUCUCUCUCAACGACGACGGAAUGUCGUGUUCGGAUACUGACGACUGUGUCUCUGGAGCCUGUGAUAACGGCGGCACAUGUGUUGAUGGGAAUAGGACUUUCUCCUGUGUGUGCGUGCCUGGAUUCAAGGGAGAAAGAUGCCAAACAGCUCCAUGCAGCGAGGAUUACGACCCUCCCCUGAACGGUGGCAAAGCCUGUUCAGUAACAGAUGAUGCGACAGGAUCCAUGUUCUGUACUGUGUACUGUCGGGACGACAAGGAGUUCGCCGUAGAACCUGCCCAGCUGUACACUUGCCGGGCCGACGGGGGCUGGUUUGCUGACUCUGAUCCAGUGGUGGGUCAGAGUCGCCCUUGGCCGGACUGCACAGGGAGGCACCGGCCAGGACGCCCCCACAUGAUAGGGGAGGUUCACUACUUCUCUGGAAUUGACUGUUCCAUCAACAUGAAUGAAAUCAUCUCCAACUUCCAACAUCUCUUUAGUCAGCUGCCGUCCUCGCAACCAGGUGGAGCAAUCACAACCGAGCUUCAGAACGUUGAUGUGGAAUGCGGAGGAGCAUCAAAACAAAUCCCUGCAAUCACGUGGGGUAACUCCGUAUCAAAAUCUGCAAGUGGCUUCACGGUAAGGUUCAGGGUAGCUGCCGUUACCUCUCUGGCACCAGAAGAUGUCACCCAGACUGAGCAAACUAACCUCAUAUACGCCCUUGACGAUAUCUACUUUGAGAUCGAAGACAAGGUCGCAAACCAGCAGUUCGACUUGAACAUCAACGGACAACAAGCCUCUGUCGACACAGUGAACAUCGGGUUUGCGGAGUUUGACCUUAACUGCACCCAGGGACAACUGAGUUUUCAAGACACUUUUGAGGCGUAUUGUCUUGACUGCCCUCCCGGCACGUUCCAUGACCUGACUACGGACACCUGUGAGUACUGCCCUGUUGGUGAGUACCAGGACCAACCGAUACAGACGGACUGUAAACAAUGUCCUCACAACACCUGGUCAGUGUUUCCUGGAGCAAAGGAGGAGGCUCAAUGUGUGGCAGUUUGCCUCGGCAAAGACGACCUAUGCUCCAGCUGUAACCACGUUAAGGGACAACUGACGUGUAAGUGUGAAGUUGGCUGGGCGGGGUCCCAGGACGGACUUACAUGUGGAGUUGACGAUGACCAAGACGGUUAUCCAGAUGUGUCCUUGCCUUGUAACGACACCACGUGCAAAAUGGACAACUGUCUAGGUAUCCCUAACAGUGGACAGGAGAACACAGAUGGAGACGAGAUGGGAGACGCAUGUGAUGACGACAUGGACAACGAUGUGUUCAAUAAUGUUGAGGACAACUGCCCGCUGCUGGUGAACGUAAACCAGACGGACAGUGACAGUGAUGGAGUGGGUGACGUGUGUGACAACUGUCCCACGGACAUCAACACUGACCAACGGGACACAGACGGGGACGGUGUGGGGGAUGUGUGCGACAGCGAUGCCGAUAGUGACGGUAUUAUUGACACUCAAGACAAUUGUCCGUUCGUGGCUAAUGUCCAACAGGACGAUUCUGAUGGAGACGGGAUCGGAGAUGUCUGUGACAACUGUCCAACGGUCCAAAACGUGGAUCAGUUUGACUUGGAUCAAAAUUCUAUUGGCGAUGCCUGCACCGACGAUACCGACAGCGAUGCAGACGGGAUCCCGAACUCCUUGGACAACUGUCCUGACAUCCCUAACAGUCAACAACUGGAUACGGACAAGGACGGAUCAGGGGACCUUUGUGACGAUGAUGACGAUGGUGACACCAUAUUGGAUGACGUUGACAACUGUCGGCUCGUUCCCAGCCUGGACAAUAGAGACUUUGACGGAGACGGAGUAGGCGAUGUCUGUACCGGCGAUUUUGACAUGGACGGCGUGCCUGACGCUGAUGACGUGUGUCCUGAGAGUGGGGUCAUCGCCCGCACGGACUUCAGGAACUACCAAACUGUGAACCUGGCCGGGAGUAGUGACAACCCUCAAGUUUGGGAGUUUCUUAAUGAGGGAACUGAAAUAGUUCAGAAAGUAAACAGUGACCCAGGCCUUGUUCUAGGUCCUGACUACUUCGGCAACUUGGACUACCGUGGAACCUUCUUUGUGAACACCCAGGUUGAUGACGACUUUGUGGGUUUCGUCUUCAGCUAUCAGAGCAACUCUCGGUUCUACCUGAUGUCCUGGAAACAGGCAGGGGACAGCAGCGGUGGACAGGCGGGGGUACAGCUGAAGUUGGUGAACUCGACUACCGGACCAGGGCAAGACCUGUCCCUGGCUCUUUGGAAGGGCGUAGAGGUCCCGGGACAGACCAAGCUGCUGUGGGAGGAUCCCAGCAAGGUAGGCUGGAGCUACAACACCGCCUACCGCUGGGAGCUGAAGCACCGGGUGGACAUCGGGCUCAUCAGGUUCCGGCUGUACUCCGGCAGUCUCCUUGUGGUGGACUCCGGUGACGUUCUGGACGCCUCUCUCCGCGGAGGCCGCCUGGGGGUGUACUGUUACUCUCAGGAGAACGUCAUCUGGUCUGACCUCGUCACCAAGUGCGAUGACAACAGCCAAGCUGCCUAACUGGAGACAAACACCCUAAGACUACAAGACUGCGGGAACUUCAUCAAAACCCUAGCUUCUAUCAGCUUUCUUCUUCUCUGCCAACAGCCAACAGCCCAUCCUAUCACCAGAUAGGAUAGCAAUUGCGUAAAAAACAUAGCAACGCGUGCUCUUUCACUAACAAAAGUAUACGUUAUGCAUGAUGCAAAAUAAAGAACAUCUUCAAAAACCUGAUUGCUUGGGUAUAGUUUGUACAUUCACAUCUACAUCUACACAGCACUACAUGUGUACUUUAUUAUGUGUGUACACUUUUUUUCAUAAUUAAUAGAAAUGAGGCAAUUUUUAAAAAAUCCCUAAAACACGGCUGUUAUUCCGAGCUGUCAAUGAGGUAUGUUUGACUCUCCAUGCUUCCGAUCCAAA